AAAAACAUGUAGCAAGUUGAAAAUAAUAGUAUGACAACAAUAAUUUUCUAGACAACAAUAAUAAUAGUAUCUUCUUCCUUAUGAGGAAUUUUUUAGGAACACCUGCUAGGUUAAGAAUGGAAAACUGACCAACCGAAUCGUUCACGAUCUAUAUCAGUUGUGUUGAUACGUUUAAAUUGGUUGGUUCUUUAUAUCUAAGAAGUUAACGAUUAUUGUUCAACUAGUUGUUUAUGUUUUGUCGAGUUUUGAUAAGAAAUCGUCUCUAGAAGUGUUUAACAAAUUGACAUUUAUUGAAGUUAUAGAUACAAUUUAAUAAUUUCAACACGUGUCGUUUUUAGACUGUUACCAUGAUUUCUAACAAAUUCAAAAGGAAGAAAUACAAUUUAUUAAAUUUAGCCGAAGUUCCGGAAAAGCGAAAAAAAAUCAGAAAGAAAAGUGUUAAAACCGAAAAUCAGAAGCAACAGGUGGUGAAAAAUCUGGGAGACAAUAAUGAAAAAGAUGAAGAAAUUUCACCAGGAGAUGAAUUUGAGACCAAUGCUGAUGAAAGCAAGGAGGAUGAUCCAUUUCUUCUUCACCUUAAAUAUGAAAUCAGCCCUCAAAUUCAUGCAGUUCUGUCCGGGAAAUCUCCAAAAUUCACGAAAGAAAUCAUUAACUGGCCAUCUUUAGGGAGACUACUUUAUUUAAAGCCUGAUGUUAACUUGGAUGGUGAACAGUCAUCAUCAAAAAUCGUUUUGAAUGAAAAGCAAGUAUUCGCCUCUGCGAGAAAAUUUCCUGAUGUUCCUAAAAGUUCAGACCUUAACAACCUGCAUAUCAAAUCUCAAAUUGUCUCUAACAUCGAAGAAAAACUUAAGAAAUCAGAAAACGGAAGCCUUACCCCUUUGCAGGACGAAUUGUUAUCCUUAAUUUGUAAUUAUUAUAGUGUGUAUUAUCCUGAGGUUAAUCAAUCGAACAUUGAACAGGUUCGUCUAGCAUAUUCCAUCCAUGCAAUCAAUCAUAUUGUCAAAACACGAUUAAAAAUUUUGCAUCACAAUGCAAAACUGCAAAAUCGUCUCGAUGUUCCAGAAGAGUUUAGAGACCAGGGUCUUGUUAGACCUAAAGUUUUAAUAUUGGCUCCUUUCAAAUCGAUAGCAUACAGUAUAAUUUUGUCCUUCAUUUCGAUCCUCCUCGGCAAUGGUGGCAAUAUCAUGAAUAAGAAGAGGUUUAUAGAAGAAUAUUCUGGAGAUACAUUAAUUAUGCCAGAGAAAAAUCCUAAACCUCUUGAUUAUCAGCAACUCUUCUCUGGUAACACCGAUGACAAUUUUAAAAUGGGUUUGACUGUUACAAAAAAAUGUUUAAAGCUCUAUGCAGAUUUUUAUGCCAGCGAUAUUAUCGUAGCUUCUCCUCUCGGGUUAAGAAUGCUUAUUGGUACGGAAGGUGAAGGAAAUAGAGAUUAUGAUUUCUUAGCAUCUAUUGAGAUUCUUAUUAUGGACCAAGCUCAAGUCUUCACGAUGCAGAAUUGGGAACAUGUUUUGCAUAUCAUGGAACAUAUGCAUUUACAGCCUCAAAGAUCACACGAUACUGACCUCUCUCGAGCUAGGACUUGGGCUCUCAACGGCUGGGCUCGCUAUUACAUGCAAUCUCUGAUUUUCUCUGCCAAUCCUCUUCCCGAAAUCACUGGCCUUUUUAACAGUAAAAUGAAUAAUUAUAAUGGAAAGAUCAUCAUUUCCAAUCCUGUCAGUCCUGGGUCCAUAUCACAAGUGAUUGUCCACGCCCCACAGAUGUUUCAUUAUGUAUCCUCUUCAACAGUAACUGAGGCGAUUGAUGACAGGUUUCAGUCAUUUAUUUCCGAUAUAUUACCUCGCUUCAAGGAGUCUAACCAAAAACAUGUUUUAAUAUAUAUUCCAUCAUACUUUGAUUUUGUGCGACUUAGAAACUAUUUUAAAAAACAAGAGUUAUAUUUCGUUCAGAUUUGUGAAUAUACCACGGUGAUUUAUUCUUUGGUUAUUGUAUAUAUUUCUUUUUAGAUCUUAUUUUCUGUUGUUUUAUAAUGAUGUGAUUUAAUUUUUAGGAAAAGAAAAUAGUUCGAGCGAGGAGCAAGUUUUUUCACGGAGAAACACAGUAUCUUCUCUAUACAGAAAGAUUUCAUUUUUUUAGAAGGAUUCAACUCAGAGGCAUACAACAUUUGAUCUUUUAUCAACUCCCAUCUUUUCCAUCAUUUUACAGUGAAAUUUGUAAUUUUUUACAGGAUGUUAAGAAGGAUGGUGCAGCUGACCAUGGACUUAAGAUGUCAAUAGAUGUACUCUACACCAAAUACGAUGUUACCCAGUUAGCAAGUAUUGUUGGUACUGAAAGAGCUACUAGAAUGCUUACUUCUGAAAAACCCGUUCAUAUGUUUAUGACUGAGAACGCAAAAUAGUCAUUAAAAUGUUAUGUUUUUAAUUUUAAUUAUUAAAAUUGUAUAUAGUUAAUAUUGUGCAUAUAUAUUAUAUAAUUUUGUAAAUUAAAUAUAUAUUUUAUUUGAAAACAA